CGCACCGGGGCCUGGGGCUCGGCUGCAGCUUCGCCCGCAGGUCUCGCGGCAGGCGCGCGGCGCGGUCGCCAGCUCCGGCCCCAUGGCAGCGCCCGGCUCCUCGGCGGACUGCGGCUACAUCCGGACCGUGCUGGGCCAGCAGAUUCUGGGGCAGCUGGACAGCUCCAGCCUGGCCUUGCCCUCCGAGGCCAAGCUGAAGCUGGCGGGGAGCAGCGGCCAGGCGGUCAAGAGCCUGCGGAUCCAGGAGCAGGUGCAGCAGACCCUGGCCCGGAAGGGCCGCAGUUUCGUGGGCAACGGAAAUCUUCACCGAACUAGCAGUGUUCCUGAAUAUGUCUACAACCUACACUUGGUUGAAAAUGAUUUUGCUGGUGGGCGUUCCCCUGUUACUACAACCUAUGACAUGCUAAAGACAGGCACAGCCACCACCUAUGAAGGUCGCUGGGGGAGAGGCACUGCGCAGUACAGCUCUCAGAAGUCGGUGGAAGAAAGGUUCUUGAGGCAGCCUCUGCGGAGACUCGAGAUCUCCCCAGACAGCAGCCCCGAGCGGGCUCAGUACGAACACAGCGAACACCAGUACAGCCAGAGAAGCCAGGCCGGGCUCAGCGCGCGGCUCCAGGAGAGCAGGAGGUCCACGCUCCUCGUGCAGCCCCGCUACGCCCGCUCCGAAAUCGUGGGCUUCAGCCACUCCGGGGCGGCGGGCCGACUGCGCCACUACGACACCUACCACCGGCGCUACCAGGCCGGGUCUGUGCACGACGCGGUCCAGCCAGUGGUGCUCACGUACCCCAGGCCCGGGACCAGCCACAGCCUGGGCAACCUCCUGGAGAAGGAGAACUAUGUGAGCGCGGGCCCCGCGGCGGGGCAGGCCCGGCCGUUGGCCGUGCCUCCAGGCGCACAGGGCCGCGGGGCGCGCGCGUCCUGGCACCAGAGCUCCUUCCACAGCACCCGCACGCUGAGGGAAGCCGAGGCGGGCGCCAGGAGGGCGCACAUGACCGUGGGCCAGGUGGCAGCAGGAGGAAGUGGGAACGUGCUCGCAGAGAGAAGCGCUUUCACCGCCGCCCAGCCUGGGAAUGUAGACACGGAGAUGACUCUGGAGCGAGCAGUGAGUAUGCUCGAGGCAGAGCACACGCCGCCGUCCAGGGUUUCUGCUGCAGCGACUUUCAUACAGCAUGAGUGCUUCCAGAAGUCUGAAGCGAGGAAAAGGGUUUACCAGCUUCAUGGCAUCCCCAAGCUGCUACAGCUCCUGAAAGUUCAGAAUGAAGACAUCCAGCGAGCUGUGUGUGGGGCCUUGAGAAACUUGGUGUUUGAAGAUAAUGACAACAAAUUGGAGGUAGCUGAACUCAGCGGAGCACCGCGGCUGCUCCAGGUGCUGAAGCAAACCAGAGACCUGGAGACUAAGAAGCAGAUAACAGGUUUGCUGUGGAAUUUGUCCUCUAAUGACAGACUUAAGAAUCUCAUGAUAACAGAUGCCUUGCUUAUCUUAACUGAGAAUAUCAUCAUCCCCUUUUCGGGGUGGCCAGAAGGAGACUACCCCAAAGCAAAUGGUCUGCUCGAUUUUGAUAUAUUCUACAAUGUCACAGGAUGCCUAAGAAACAUGAGUUCAGCUGGUCCUGAAGGGAGGAGAGAGAUGAGAAGGUGUGAUGGACUGAUUGACUCACUGGUCCAUUAUGUCAGAGGAACUAUUGCAGAUUAUCAGCCAGAUGACAAGGCCACAGAGAACUGUGUGUGCAUUCUUCAUAACCUCUCCUACCAGCUGGAGGCAGAGCUCCCAGAGAAAUAUUCCCAGAGUAUCUAUAUUCAAAACCGGAAUAUCCAGGCUGACAGCAACAAAAGUAUUGGGUGUUUUGGCAAUCGAAGCAGGAAAGUAAAAGAGCAAUACCAAGACAUGCCAAUGCUGGAGGAAAAGAGCAACCCCAAGGGCGUGGAGUGGCUGUGGCACUCCAUCGUGAUACGCAUGUACUUGUCCUUGAUCGCCAAGAGUGUCCGAAACUACACUCAAGAAGCAUCUUUGGGAGCUCUCCAGAAUCUCACAGCAGGAAGUGGACCAAUGCCAGCAUCAGUAGCUCAGACAGUUGUCCAGAAAGAAAAUGGCCUUCAGCACACGCGAAAGAUGCUGCAUGUUGGUGAUCCCAGUGUGAAAAAGACUGCCGUCUCUCUGCUGAGGAAUUUGUCUCGGAAUAUUUCUCUGCAGAAUGAAAUUGCCAAAGAAACUCUACCUGAUUUGGUUUCCAUAAUUCCCAACACAGUCCCAAGUACUGAUCUUCUCAUUGAAACCACAGCCUCUGCCUGUUACACACUGAACAAUAUAAUCCAAAAUAGUUACCAGAAUGCACGGGAACUUCUAAACACUGGGAGCCUGCAGAAAAUUAUGACCAUAAGCGCAGGUGACACCUAUGCUUCCAACAAAGCCAGCAAAGCUGCAUCUGUUCUCCUGUAUUCUCUGUGGACCCACACGGAGCUCCAUAAUGCCUACAAGAAGGCUCAGUUUAAGAAGACAGAUUUUGUCAACAGCCGGACUGCCAAAGCCUACCACUCCCUGAAAGACUGAGGAACAUGAAAAAGUGCUCUCAGAAAUACGAACCUCAUCAUCUCAGUCACAAAAAACCCCAAAGGAAAACACCUAUUUUUCUAUUUCCCAGCCCAAGAAACCUCAAAAAAGCAUGUCCUGUUUGUAUCCUUUUCUAUUUCCAUGGUCCCCAGGAUCCAGAAAACAAAUAAUCAGUAUAUAAUUUUAUUAGUUUUCCAGAAGACAAGUGCAAGUUUGCCUGUAGUAGAUACUGGCAACAGGCUCAAUUUGACCCUCUGCAGGUAGUGGUCUUUUUGAUCAGGGCUGACAGUGCAUGGCCUUCUGGAAUCAAAAUGUGAAUUCCUGUGGAAUGGACAUUCACAGAAUAAAUAAGGAAGGAAGCGGUUGCGUUACUAGGAUUUUAAAAGUUUGAUUUACAUUUAUAUUCCUUCUCUGGUCUCCAUGUUGUGACUCACGUGCACAUUGUUUCACCCUUGAGCUGUGAGCGUAUUGUUCUGCAGUGUUGAAACAGACGGGACACAACAGGAAAUAUUUGUGGAGUUAUCCAGGAGGAAAAUUAAUGGUAAAAUUACUUGUUUGUUUACUUUGUGCUUGUUUUUAUCCUCUGGAAUUUUUUCUCUGAUUUUCAAUGAACUUAAGAAGUUUAGAUCACAGAACACGCAUAACUAAAGGAAAAACAAAUUGAAAGGAAGUGAUCAUAGCAAACUUAAAAAUCUUUUCUACAGAGAAAGUCAACUGUGGUCAUGAAAUUCAGUGUUCCCUAUAAAUACUGAAUAAGUAGGAUUUUUACUCAAGGAAAUACUUCACCUAUAACAACACCAUUAAAUGCAGAUCUCUUCUGACAGUAGCGUUCAGUGUAAGCUGUUUCCUGGACUUCUUCAGCCACUGCAAUGGGCUGGUGGAGGAAUGGAAUCCACUGUGUGGCUAGGAAAGGAACCUAGGCCUGUCAGACUACUGGACCAGCCAUGGCCCUGAAAACGCAGCUCAUUUGAAUGAAUUACAUUAUCCACCAGCCCUACUUUGCCCGACAUUUAAAAAAAAGUAGAGAACCACUAAAUCUCAUGUGAUCUUCCUUAGGCCAUUAUUUGAAGUCAAGGAAACGCUAGAGAAGAGAAAUGAAGUUAUGUUGAGGAAAAAUGUUUCUAGGCCAUCCGGAAAUGAUAUGAGAAAUACUAAUGUUGUAAAGUUGACAGCAUCAUCUAUUGAAGUGAGUCUAUAUUAAGUGUUACCUUAACAGGGCUGUGAUUAAUACCAUUCAGAUAGAAUUAGUCUUCUUAACUAUAAUUCUGUUAUAUUUUGCUUUUUAAAAAAAAUCUGACAAUAUUUGUUAUAAGAAAGUAAGAAGGAAAAAAAUCCUUCCUCUCCUUUUGGCCAGAAAAGUGUAAUAGGAAAUAAAUUGUCAGGUUCAAUUUGAAUGUGUACUUAAGUGUUUAUUAUAUUUGUUUUGUUUUGGUUUGGUUUUUUGGCUGCACAGCUUGUGGGAUCUUAGCUCCCCAACCAGGGAUUGAACCCAGGCCCACGGCAGUGAAAGCAUUGAGUUUAACCACUGGACCACCAGGCGUUUCCCCAAAGUCUUUAUUAUAUUUGGAACUUUAAAUUUUUUUGAUUUCAAAAGCUCAAUGAAGAAGACUUAGGUUACUAACUUAGUUUAAAAUGAAAUGAUUUAGAUACCAAUUUUUAAAAUACUGAAGAGAGAAAUUAUAUCUCUUUUUCCAGAAUUGUGAUGAUAAGCAUUUGGAGUAUAUUUAUUCCUCCAGGUAAUCAGUGUAUAUUUAAAAAGUUUCUGUUUUUAAGGCAUUAGUGGAGCCUUCAAUAAUAUUAAACACAAAUGAGGCAAAAACAAAUUGCCUGCCUUGGUAUCUGUGUAUAUCUGACUUAUUUGUGUAUCUUGGUGUAAUUGGUACGAUUGACAUUUGAGUAUCUGACCUUAUAAAUUUUACCUUUAAUUACUAAGGGUUUAGUACUUUGUAGUUGCUUGUAUUUCUUCCCUAAUUAGUCCUAAAUUCUUUACCGAGAAACACUUCCUGUAAGAAGAUGGGACUAACUAGUGACUAAAACAUGUAAAAUGGAGAGACAUACAAAUCUAGGUGUUGUUAGAUUUCAGUAAAUUGAGUGGGUCUGUGACCAUGAAAAGAUAGACUAUGUUUGACCCCUAUGUCCUGCUUUGUCCAUUGUUUACAAAAACCUCACUCAUUUACCAUCUAUGAACACUUCUGAGGGAGGUCCUUAGGAAGUUGAAUAUCACUUUUGAUCACACAAAGACUUUUUUCUUUUCUGUGUGUCCCAGACUGUGCCCAUGUCGUGAAAGGAACAAAGGGACUGAGCUGGGACGGCAUGCAUUUGUGUUAAGAGAUCUAAAGGCCUUGCUGCCUUGUCAAGAAUUCUUAAUGAUCUUCUGGGAGGUUGCUGCCCUGGAUUUCUAUCAAAUGGAAACAUUUGUUUAUACUUGAUGGAAAUAACCAAAGGGUUUUCUAAGAUAAAGAGGGGAAUAACAUCAAAUGGGAAAAUAAGCAGCAUGAGUAGAUAAACCACUUUAAAACCAAUUUAAUCACCCUAUGAAGAAAACAACUCCUUAGAAGAAGGAAAGAAAUUGGGGGAGGGGGGAGAUAUACACACACGUAUAUAUGUUUAAAUAUAUAAAUAAAUAUGUAUGUUUUUAAUAUAUAUUUAAACGUGUGUGUAUAUAUAAAGAUAAUUUAUAUACUAUAGUUACAAAUGAAAUUUCCUCUAAAUAAAAUGUAUAAUGACGGCACUGCGUUGGAAUGAGGAGGACUUCAUUACUUUGAACAAAAUUACAAAAGCCUCAGAUCACAGAAUCUGAGGAUUAGGGGGGAAUUUAGAGGGCAUCUGGUCGAGUCCUCUUUAGAGUAUCUCGUAUCAGAAAAGACUCAGAGUGACAGAGAAGAAAAAUAUGCAAUCAUUCAGCUAAUGCCCAGUAGGACCCUGUAACUGGCCCAUCUUAAGAUUCUGUAACUGUUGCAUUUUAAAGUAUUUGUUGUGGGAGUGAAAAUAGAUUAAACAGGAAACAAACUCUUCAAAAUAAAACUCUGCUUUAGAUUUAAUAUUUUAUUUAUAGUGGUACUGACACUUUCAUCUCUUAUGAAAUAAACUUCAACCCUUUAAGGACUAUAAUUAGGAAAACUCUCUUUUUAUGAUCUCUUCAGGAAAGAGAGACCAAAAUGCCACACACUGGCAUAGGAGUUGUUUAAAAUAUGUUAAGGGAAAGCAUUUUGAAAGUCGUAGUCUGGGAGAACCCAGCAAUAUUCAGCCUGGAAGAAGGGUGUUGUUACCUGUCUUUAAAGACCUGAGAGACCACAGUGUAGAAGAUGCCACAGUCUUCCUCUGACAGAGUAUAGAGGACAGACCAGGAACAGCAGAUGGAGGCUUGUGUGACUGGCUUUGACUAAACGAGUGGACAUAUGUUGAGCACUUCUCACAGCCUCCUCAUGAAGUAUAUACUUCUUUUCUUUUCUUUUUUUAACACGUGACAAUAACCUGAAGCGAAGAAGGGUUAGGUCACAUUCCAAAGCUGCAUAGCUAGAGCAUGCAGAGGGGCCACGUGAACCCAGGUGGGAUGGCUUCUCUCUGGGUUCCCUGGGAGCCAAGAAUACAAGACUCCUGUCUCCGUGCUGGGGAAACAUGGAGCUCUGUCUAGCUUGUCUCUUGACAAGGUAAGAGGAUAGUGUGACAUGAUGGUUAAGAGGCCUGACUCUAAGACCAGCCAGCCUGAACUCUAAUUGGAACUGCUCCACUUACUUAUUGGGGGGUAAGGGUCAGGGUUAGGAUUAGGAUUAGGGUUAGUUGGGGUGGGUUUCUUACUGUCUCUGAGCCUGUUUUCCUAAUCUGUUAUAUGUGAAUGAUAGGACUAGGUACCUCAUGGGAUUGUUUUAAGGAUUGAAUGUUUUCAUAAUUAUAAAACAGUGCCUGACAGUAUAUACUCAAUAAAUGCUGUAUAUAUACUCAAUAAAUGAUUUGGGGGCCUUCGUUUUUCUUUUUUAGUCCAUCUCUUUUGAAUUUCUCUUCUCAGAUAGAUUGGUUUAAUUAAAAGCCCAACCUUGCCCCCAGCCACCCAUUUUGUGCGCACACAUGUACACUUUUUUUUUUUAACG